CUUAGGGCACUGCGGUAGGAUCAAUAAAUAAAAUCAGAUCAUCCAACCAGAGUUGUAAAUUGUUACAAUUGGAAUUUAUUCCUACCAGAAAUAAUUUAACUGUAGGGCAAGAUGCAAAGCACAACUAUAGUUAAAUGAAAUAUGGAUCUGGCCCAAUUACGAAUUUUAUUUAAAAAAAUCCACCAAACCAAGAGUUGUAAUAACAAUUGCAAUUGGAAUGAAUUCCUACCUAAAUAACUUGACUGUAGGGCAAGAUGCAAAGCACAACUAUAGUUAAGUAAAAUAUGGAUCUUGGCCCGCUAGGAUGGCAAACAACAACACAAACAACCUCGCCUUGCGUUCCAUUCUGGAUAAAGAUAAAUUGAACGAAACAAACUUUGUUGACUGGCAACGCAAUCUCUCCAUUGUUCUCCGCAUGGAUGAGAAAGAGUAUGUGCUCGAAAAGCCCAUUCCUCCUGCCCCUCCCGCUAACGCCCCGAAAGCGGUCAAAGAUGCCUACGAGAAACACGUUAAGGAUGGUAACCAGGUUAGCUUUGUCAUGCUGGCAACCAUGAUAACCGAGCUGCAAAAACAGUACGAGGACAUGAAGGCCUACGAGAUGAUCGUGGCCUUGCAGCAGCUAUACCAGGGGCAAUCCAGGCAUGAACGUUUUCUUGUGAGUAAGGCUCUCUUUAGUUGCAAGUUCUCUUCAGGGAACCCGGUUGGUCCACACGUUCUCAAAAUGAUUGGUUACAUAACCAAUCUAGAGAAACUCGGGUUCUCCUUGCAGAAGGAGCUGGCAACGGACCUGAUCCUGCAGUCGCUCCCUGAGCUGUAUAAGGGUUUUGUCAUGAACUACAUGAUGCAUGAUCUUGACAAACCCCUUCCGGAGCUUCUUAAAAUGCUCCAGACUGCAGAGGAGAACCUUACUAAGGGCAAGGGUGCUUCCGUCCUUAUGAGAGAGGAGAGAUUCCUCGGUUCCGCCGAUUACACCUUUUCCGGCGAACUUCAGGACGUGUUCAUCGGCUCCACCUCAGGCAAAGAGUGCGUCUCAUUACACAGGCUUCCAAACGAAGUCUGUCACUGGAAUUUUGAUUCCCCAAUUCAAGCUUAUGACCCCCCUUCCAGCCUUGAUCCCCUGCCCUUAGCCCUUCCUUCAGUCCUUUCACCAAAUGCUUUGGAAUUUGUACCUUCCAACCCAACCACUACUAAUCUUACAGCUCUCAAGGAGUCCAACAUCUCAUUUAGGGGCUGCUCUCUGUCCGACACAGAAAGGGAUAACAACUGGAGCACCUCCAAAGCGUACGACUCAGAUUUUGAACAUAUGGGCUAUGCAAACAAAAAGCCAACUGCGGUCAAUGCUCCUCCGUUGAAGCCUAUGUUCAAAGGCUGCCCUUUAGUGUCUUUCUCAAAAAAAGAUGUAGAUAACCUGUCCCAAAAAUUCAGAGAUGCGCUGGUGGGAAGAUUUCGGCGCAGGCCUCCCAUGUCCGUUAUCAAAACAUUCCUGGCAAGACUUGGAUUUGGGGGAGGAUUCACGGUGGCUGAGCUAACGACGCACAAUGUGCUCAUCAAUUUUGAGCUGGACCAGGAUUAUCAACACCUAUUCUAUCGCCAAUCCUGGACCCUAGGAGCUGAGACAAUGGUGGUCACUAAGUGGUCUCCCAAUCUGCGUCCAGAAGAGGAUUCACCUAUUGUUCCGGUCUGGAUCACAAUCCCCAAUCUUCCCAUCCACCUCCAUGAUCAACAAGCUCUCUUCAACAUCACUUCAUUGCUCGGCAAGCCUCUAAAGGUAGACAGUGCAACCCUCAAUUUCUCUAGACCAAAAGCUGCUAGGGUUUGCUUGGAGGUGGAUGUUUCAAUCCCUCUACACAGCAAAAUUCAUGUUCGACAUGUCGAAGAAGACCUUUUCUUCCAGGUUAUCUAUGAAGAACCCCCUGCCUUUUGCUCUAUAUGUCGCAAACUAGGUCACGAUUGCAAAAAGAAGGCUCCGGCAGAUCCACCGGAAAAUGCAUCGGUAAAGAAGCCAGAGUUUUCCCGGAAAGCUAUGGCAGAGGAUAAGCAGGAGACAUGGUGGACCCUAGUCCAGAGGGGUGGUAAAUCAUCAGGAAUUCAGUCCAAAAAAUGGGUCCCUAAACCAAAUGAACAACCUAAAAGUCCAGAUUCUGUUGCCAACAACAAAAUCUGGUUUUUUUGGGAUAAAUCAGUAUACUCCCUUUCUAACAGCAAGGACUAUGGACAAAUUUGUCAUUUUCUUUUACAUGACAUCAACAUGGAUAAUGACUUUAUCAUCAGCUGCGUUUAUGGUGGGCACUCUACAUCUGCAAGGAAGCAGCUAUGGAAUGUCAUUGUUUCCCUUCAUAGUAACAAUGUCCUUCCUUGGUGUCUAGGAGGGGACUUCAACACAAUUUCUAACCUUCUUCACCAUAAAGGGUCUAGGCUUCCUGAUUUGGAGGGAGUGUGUGAUUUCAGUGACUGCAUUAAGGACUGCAACCUCAAUGAACCUACAUUCACAGGACCUUCUUUCACUUGGCAUGGAGUGAGAAGCAAUGGCAAUGUGUGGAAAAGACUUGACAGAGUCUUUUUUAAUGAUGUCUGGGAUACUAAAUGGCCAAAAACCUCUUUGACUCACAUGGCUAAAAACGGAAGUGACCACUGCCCUCUUCUCUUCACCUCUCAAAUUAGAGACACUCACACCUCCAAAGCUUUCAAAUUCCAAAACAUGUGGCUGCUUAAAGAAGAGUUUAUGGAUUACUGCAAAAAGAGCUGGGAAGAAGUUCCUUUUCAUGGGGGAAUGAAGAGUCUGUUCACAAGGCUUCAUCAUCUCAAAGGAAAAUUAUCAGCCUGGAACAAAACCAGCUUUGGAAAUGUAUUUGACAUGCUUAAAGAAGCUGAAGAUGAGGCUACCAGAGCAGAAAUUUUAUUUCACACGAAUCCCACUACGACUAAUAAGAUCCUUCUCAACCAAAAACAGGCUGUCCUUGCAGACGUUUCCAACAGGGAGUACCACUUCUGGAAACAAAAAUGCAGCUUGAAGUGGUUCAAAGAAGGAGAUGCCAACACCAAAUUCUUUCACGGUCUGAGAAUGAGUCAAGCAGCGGGCAACGUUGGACAGGCUGUCCUAGAGGGGGAGCCUGAGCACAUGAGCGUGCACACGGAGGCGUCAAGCUUCACCCCACAGCAGGCCCCAGAGCAGGCAGCCCUGGGCGCGGGCCCUGUUCCAAAAGCUGCCCCUAUCAUUCAUCCGCAGUUCGCGGCCAACUUCAUGAAUUUCCUCCAACAGAUGUCUGGAGCGUAUCGAGAGGAGUUUCUAAAGUUCACCCAGGGUGAACUCACUCUACCCGAGUAUCGUCAGAAGUUUGACGAGCUCACAGGGUUUUGGCAGGACCUUGUCCCGACCGUGGAGAAGCAGUGCAAACGCUUUGUGGAAGGCUUACGUCCCGACCUUUCAGCUCAUCUAACCAUCGCCCCUCAGGGUGACAUCAACGCGUUGUACAAAAAUGCGUUGGACUUGAAUGUGGCCCUCAUUAAGAAGGCCGAGUACGAGCAGUCGCAGGAGGGGUCAACAGCACCAUCUCGUCCUCCUCCGUCUCAGAAGGCAGGGACCAGCAACAAAAGGUCGAUCGCAGCACCUAGCACCUCUCACCAGAGCAAGAAGGUGAAGUCAGCCCCAACCCAAUCAUCUGCACCCGUCCAGAAGAAGGGCAAAAGCGGAGACGGGUAUCGCUACCCGAUCUGCAACCUUUGUGGACGCAGGAAUCCGGGAGAGUGUUGGUUUACUCAGGGCCUAUGCCUUGGUCAGCCCAAGCGGCAAGCAUCUGGUGGUCAGGCGGGGAAGGCCCCGGCCCGUACGUACGUGAUGCAAGGGCGUACUGAGCAGCCAGCCCAUGACGUCAUCAUGGGUAUGUUCACCUUAUUCAAUACAUCCAUCACAGCAUUAAUUGAUCCGGGUUCUACUUUAUCAUAUGUUUGUAUGCCUAUGCCUGUUGUGCCUAACAUUCCAAGGGAAGACUUGGACAACCCAGUAAUCGUGUCCAACCCAUUGGGACACAAUCUACGACUCACCCAUGUGUAUCACAAUUGUCCAUUGGUGGUUCAAGGAAAGACCUUCCCUGCAAGUCUCAUUGAACUUCCACAUCGGGAGUUUGACGUUAUUCUAGGCAUGGAUUGGCUCACUGCCAACCAAGCCGUUAUUGAUUGUGGAGCACAUACCGUUCGACUGAGAGCCGAAGACGGUAGCGACAUUCUGAUUCGUGGUGAGCUUCUUCCGAAAGCUCCAGAAUUCAUCUCAUACAUUCAUGCUCGCCGACUCAUUCACAAGAAGUGUGAAGCAUUCCUGUGCACAGUGCGUGACACUCGUCAGGAGGCACCUCGUAGGGAAGACAUCCCUAUACCUACAUUACGUCAGCAGAUAGCAUCUACACAGAGCAGCGAUGAUUUUUGUAUCCAUACCAUUGAGCUCGUCUCUCGAGGCGAGAAGCUGGAUUUCACAGUUCAGGAUGGUAUCUUGUAUUAUCGGGAGCGUAUGGUAGUGCCAGCGGGGGAGCAUUUGGCGGAGUUGAGUAAGAUUCACAAUGUAUUCCACGUGUCCAUGCUCCGAAGGUACCGUUCGGAUCCUUCUCAUGUGAUUCCAGCUGAUACGGUCACACUCGAUGAGAAUCUUACGUACGAGGUGGAGCCGGUUGAGAUUCUGGCUCGUGAGGUCCGUCAGUUGAGGAACAAAACCAUUCCGCUGGUCAAGGUUCUGUGGAGAAGCCACACCGUCGAGGAGGCGACAUGGGAAACCUAGGAAUCCAUGCACACUCGCUAUCCACAUCUUUUUAGUGACUAAUGAUCAGGUAAAUUUCGAGGAUGAAAUUUUCUUAAGGGGUGGAUAAUUGUAACGCCCUGCAACCCGGUCUAAUAGAAUUGAUUGUUUUAAAUAAUUAAUUAUUGUCCCG